AUGGCAUAUAACGCAUCCCAGAGUACAGGACUUUCGGAUGACGAUGAAGAUGACUCGGCCUUCGUCAACGAAACUUAUAGGCCAUGUAAAAUACUCUAUGUAAUGACCGGUACUGGUGUGCAUUCGCUACGAAACAUCGGUCCAAAUUAUCGCAUACUACUUGUCAAAUCAAGAUUCAUUGCUUCACUAUUGAAGAGAGGAGUCAUCCCUCAUUACGGCUAUGACUGCGCAUUAUCUUAUGGAGGUAGAGAGUUGGCAGAUAAUGAGACAUUGGAAAGCUGUCGCAUUGGGGAUGAAGCAACGGUAAAUGCUGUUGUGUGGGAACAGAAUCCUAACUCGCCUGGCUUCUCGGGCCAUGCAAUUAAUUCAAGCUCAAGGAUCAGACAGGAAGAUGAGCAGAAGACCAAGCAGUUCAAGCGCGGUAGAAGUUCAUUGGACUUAGCAGAGGAAAACGUAUUUGAGGAUCGAGUACUUUGGCGUGCUCCAGCUUCGAAAAAGCAAAAGUCAGUUAGAUUUGCUGAGCAAGAUGAUGCUAUUCCCAACCUGCCAACAUCUUCGCCCCAGUCAUUGCCUUCACAAAAUCCAAGUCCAGAACAUUAUGUCAUGUCAGGGGUAUUAGAACCAACAGAUAGACCUCUGGUGUUCCACGAUAGCUUGGUCCGAGAUAGUCCAUUAAGAGGUCUUCAACGAAGGCAAUCUCUUGGAGAACUGCCAGGACCCAUGAUGCCAAAAACGCCUUUCAAAUCCCCGAACUUUCACAGUAAUUCCGCACGAAAGCCAGAAAUACCGAUUAGUGCUUCUUAUGAUGCUUUUUCAUAUCCUAUUACGCCCCGAGACGCUUCUAGAAGAGAUCUUCAAAGAGAUUAUAACCUAUUGAGACAUUCGGAUAGAACUUCCCACCGCAGAAUGGAAUACGAUUCCUCUUCAACUGCAUACGAAACACCGUGUAUGUUCGACCUCCGGGAACUGGGCCAACAUCUAGAUCUUUAUCUUCAUCGCCGUUUCUUGGAUCGUUAA